AUGGAGAAGUCCACCGAAACCGACCACCAUGCGCUGAUACGUGCCGGCUUGGAGACGAUGUGCAUCGAGCACCUUAAGGAUGACCACUUCAUCCUGUCGCCACAUCCCCUGGAAGCAACCACCAGAUACCUCCUGGCAUUCGACGCCCAGACGUGCUCGUCGGCCGACUGCUGGAGUCUCUGGGGUGCUGGAGUGGUGGCAUACGUGGACUACCUGAGAGCCUUGGAGGCAUCCCUGGACAAUGCCCAGGCGGCCGCUGAGCAGCUUUUGGAGGAGUCGCGACUAAGUGGCCCUCCAGAAGCCUGGCAGCUGCCUGAUGCACGGCACGAGGUCCUGCUCAAAGAGCUCGCCAUGCUCGAGGAGCAGGUCAAGGAUGGCAUGGCCCUGCGUGAGGUGGAGGCACAGGCCGAGGUGGUGGCCGGCGCCCUCGCUGAACAGCUGGCAGGGAAGGACUGGGAGGAGCUCUACGCUGAGGCAUCGACCGCAUUCGGUGAGACUGGAACCUUCCGCUCCACCUUCCGCGGCACCGGCACCUUCCGCGACACGGGCACGUUCCGCGACACAGGUGGCUUCUUGCAGAGUGGCCACAUGUGGGCACAGUUAUCACUUGUCUUCGUGCAGAUUCGAUUCAGCCUUGGGUCCACGUGGUCACUGGACUCUCCGACGAAGAGAGUGUGCCAGGAAUUGGACGACUUCGAAAGCGAAAUGGAGGCCAAGAACUUGGCCGCAGAGGAGCGCUUUGGGCUGCUCUCAGUGAUGCCACCCGGCCAGCUUGGUGUGGCAUGCACUGCUGUGUUGGGUGGCGCCAGACCAGCACUUUCCGGCACGAUGCUCGCAGGGGUCGGGUGA